AUGGCCUCCAAGCUGAGUUUCAAGAGGACAGACAGCAUCACGGAAAGCAUGCCCGAUGCACUAAGGCAGAGCCGGUACCAGAUGAAGAAAUGCUUCCAGAGGUAUGUUUCCAAGGGAAAGAGGCUCUUGAAGAACCAGCAGCUCAUAGAGGAGCUGGAGAAAUCACUGGAUGACAAAGUCGAGAAGGAAAAGCUUGUUGAAGGCUUCCUGGGUUACAUUAUUUGUUCCACGCAGGAAGCAGUGGUGCUACCACCUUAUGUUGCAUUUGCUGUCAGGAUGAAUCCUGGCGUCUGGGAGUAUGUCAAAGUUCAUUCUGAUGAUCUGUCGGUCGAAGGAGUCACACCGUCUGAGUACCUCAAGUUCAAGGAGACAUUAUAUGACGAGAACUGGGCCAAGGAUGACAACUCACUGGAAGUAGAUUUCGGUGCUCUUAACCUCUCAACACCCCAUCUGACACUGCCAUCGUCCAUAGGAAAUGGGCUCCAGUUUGUGUCCAAAUUCAUGUCUUCGAAGCUGGGCGACAAGCCUGAAAUCAGCAUGAAACCGUUGCUGGACUAUUUGCUUUCGCUAAACUACCGUGGCGAGAAGCUGAUGGUUAACGACACCAUCGAUACAGUGAACAAGCUUCAGACAGUGCUGCUACUUGCAGAGGUAUUUGUUAGUGGGUUGCCAAGAUACACGCCAUUCCUGAAGUUUGAACAGAGAUUUCAAGAGUGGGGAUUGGAGAAAGGGUGGGGUGACAAUGCUGAAAGGUGCAAAGAGACGCUGAAUUGCCUCUCUGAAGUGCUACAAGCGCCGGACCCUAUCAACAUGGAGAAGUUCUUCAGCAGAGUUCCAUCCAUAUUCAACAUAGUCAUCUUCUCCAUCCACGGCUACUUUGGCCAAGAGAAGGUUCUUGGCUUGCCAGACACCGGUGGCCAGGUGGUCUACAUCCUGGACCAAGUCAGGGCCCUUGAAGAGGAGUUGCUGCAAAGAAUCAAGCUGCAGGGUCUGAACGUGACACCAAAGAUUCUUGUGCUGACUAGGCUGAUACCAGAUGCCAAGGGCACAAAAUGCAAUGUGGAGCUCGAGCCAGUUGAAAAUACAAAACAUUCCCACAUACUUCGUGUGCCAUUCAAGACUGAAGACGGCAAGGAGUUGCGCCAGUGGGUGUCCCGGUUUGACAUCUACCCUUACCUAGAGAGAUAUGCCCAGGAUUCGUGUGCCAAAAUUCUUGACAUUUUGGAGGGCAAGCCAGACCUGAUCAUCGGCAACUAUACCGAUGGCAACUUAGUGGCGUCUCUCAUGUCAAGCAAGCUAGGGGUCACUCAGGGGACAAUCGCACACGCUCUAGAGAAGACAAAGUAUGAAGAUUCAGAUGUCAAGUGGAGAGAUCUGGACCAGAAGUACCAUUUCUCCUGCCAAUUCACUGCAGAUAUGAUUGCCAUGAAUACUAGUGACUUUAUCAUCACUAGCACAUACCAAGAAAUUGCUGGAAGCAAAGAGAAGCCUGGCCAAUAUGAGCACCACUACGCAUUCACAAUGCCCGGGCUCUGUCGCUACGCCACAGGCAUCAAUGUCUUUGAUCCAAAGUUCAACAUUGCUGCACCCGGUGCAGACCAGUCCAUCUACUUCCCCUUCACACAGAAGCAGAAGCGGCUGACAGAUUUGCACCCACAGAUUGAGGAGUUGCUCUACAGCAAGCAGGACACCACUGAACACAUAGGAUAUCUGGCAGACAGAAACAAGCCAAUCAUCUUCUCGAUGGCAAGGCUGGACAAGGUGAAGAAUAUCACUGGACUAGUGGAGUGGUAUGGCCAGAACAAGAGACUGAGGGACCUGGUAAACCUUGUUGUCGUUGCGGGCCUGCUGGAAGCAUCGCAGUCCAAGGACCGGGAAGAGAUUGAAGAAAUCAACAAGAUGCAUAGCCUGAUCGACAAGUAUCAGCUGAAAGGACAGAUUCGCUGGAUCAAGGCACAGACUGACCGUGUCCGCAACGGUGAGCUGUACCGUUGCAUUGCAGAUACAAAGGGUGCAUUUGUUCAGCCUGCACUUUAUGAAGCAUUCGGGUUGACGGUCAUUGAAGCGAUGAACUGUGGAUUGACAACCUUUGCGACAAAUCAGGGAGGGCCAGCAGAGAUCAUUGUGGACGGUGUCUCUGGUUUCCACAUAAACCCAAUGAAUGGCAGGGAGGCAAGCAACAAGAUUGCCGAUUUCUUCCAAAAGUGCAAGGAAGACCCAAGCUAUUGGAACAAGGUGUCCACUGCUGGGCUCCAGCGCAUCUACGAAUGCUACACAUGGAAGAUUUAUGCAACUAAAGUCCUGAACAUGGGUUCAACGUAUGGCUUCUGGAAGACUGUGAACAAGGAGGAGAGAGUAGCCAAACAGCGCUACCUGCAGAUGUUCUACAAUCUUCAGUUCAGGAAUCUGGCAAAGACUGUCCCAAGGGUAUUCGAACAUCCUCCGCAAGCCCCAGCAAGCGCAGGGCCUAGCACAAUGACAGUAACGAGGCCGAAAGAAAGGCAAGAUCAUGACCAGCUUGAUGGGGCAGAAGUCUUCUACUUCUGA